AUGACUCAGAGGAACAUAAUACUCGCCAUAAGGUCACUGUAUGGACUUUACCCCUACAAGUCCAGCAUGAUUGGCCUGGAGAGCCUGGGGGACCCGUCUGGCAACUGGGAUAUAAUUGAGACCAUCGGUAAAGGCACCUACGGAAAAGUCUACAAGGUGACCAACAAGAAGGACGGCAGUCAUGCGGCGGUCAAAGUGCUGGACCCGAUCAAUGACGUGGACGAGGAGAUAGAGGCCGAGUAUAACAUCCUGCGGUCUUUGUCCAACCACCCUAACGUCGUGAAAUUCUACGGAAUGUUCUACAAGUCGGAUAACGUCACAGGAGGCCAGCUCUGGCUGGUGCUGGAGCUGUGCAACGGCGGCUCCGUCACAGAGCUCAUCAAAGGCCUGCUCAUGCGAGGCCAGCGUCUGCAGGAGCCCGUCAUCGCAUACAUCUUGUACGGCGCCCUCUUGGGUCUCCAGCAUUUACACAACAACAGGAUCAUCCAUCGUGACGUCAAAGGCAACAACAUCCUCCUGACAACCGAGGGAGGAGUCAAACUGGUCGACUUUGGGGUUUCUGCUCAGCUGACAAGCGCACGUCUGCGGAGGAACACGUCAGUGGGAACCCCCUUCUGGAUGGCUCCUGAGGUCAUCGCCUGCGAGCAGCAGUACGACUACUCCUACGACGCCCGCUGCGAUGUGUGGUCCCUCGGCAUCACGGCCAUCGAGCUGGCGGACGGAGAUCCCCCGCUGGCAGAGAUGCAUCCGGUCAAAGCCCUCUUCAAGAUCCCACGAAAUCCCUCUCCCACAUUACGCAAUCCAGACCAGUGGUGCAGAAGCUUCAGCCACUUCAUCGGCCAGUGUCUGAUAAAGGAUUUUGAGGCACGUCCAUCUGUGACUCACCUCCUGGAGCACCCCUUCAUCAAGCAGGCCCACGGCAAAGACGUGGCGCUGAGUCAGCAGCUGGCCGUCCUAAUUCAGGAGCAGCAAAACCUGGGCUGCAAAACCAAAACCAAGCACGAGCGGAUCAAUACUCGUAAAACUCUCAUAGUAGAGAGCUGUCCUGAUGAUGAUCUGGUGAACCUGGAGUUCUUGGAUGAGGAGACAAUAAUUGGCCAUCUCCAGAGGAGGUAUGAUGAGCUCCAGAUAUACACUUACGUCGGCGACAUCCUCAUCGCUGUCAAUCCCUUCCAGAGUCUCAGCAUCUACUCUCCUCAGUUCUCAAAGUUGUACCAUGGGGCGAAGCGAGCCGACAACCCUCCGCACAUCUUUGCUGCCGCGGAUGCGGCCUACCAAAGCAUGGUGACUUUCUGCAAAGAUCAGUGCAUCAUCAUCAGCGGGGAGAGCGGUGCGGGGAAAACAGAAAGCGCCCAUUUGAUUGUUCAACAUCUGACCUUCUUGGGAAAGGCAAAUAACCGGACGCUGCGAGAGAAGAUUUUGCAGGUGAACUCGCUCGUGGAGGCCUUCGGGAACGCGGGCACGGCCAUCAAUGACAACUCCAGUCGCUUCGGGAAGUACCUAGAAAUGAAGUUCACGCCCACUGGGGCCGUCAUGGGGGCCAGGAUGUCGGAGUACCUACUGGAAAAGUCGAGAGUCAUCAAACAGGCCCCGGGGGAAAAAAACUUCCACAUAUUUUAUUACAUAUAUGCCGGGCUUUAUCACCAGGAAAAACUGAAGAAUUACAGGCUACCAGACAAGACACCUCCCAGGUACAUGGACAGUCAGCAUUCUAAAGUGAUGCAAGACAUCGUCUCCAGUAAACUGUAUAAGGAUCAGUUCGAUGCAAUUCAGCACUGCUUCCGAAUCAUUGGCUUUACCGAGGAGGAGGUCAACUCUGUAUGCAGAAUCCUAUCGGCCAUUUUGAAUACUGGAAAUAUUGAAUUCACUUCCAUCACAUCCCAGCACCAAACCGAUAAGAGUGAAGUGCCUAACUCCGAGGCCUUAGAGAAUGCGGCGUCUCUCCUCAGCAUCGGACCCGAGGAGCUCCAGGAGGCCUUAACCUCCCACUGCGUGGUCACCAGAGGUGAAACCAUCAUUCGUACUAAUACGGUGGAUAAAGCGACCGACGUCCGAGACGCUAUGUCCAAGGCCUUGUACGGACGCCUCUUCAGCUGGAUAGUAAACCGUAUCAAUGCCCUGCUGCAGCCGGACACGAAUAUGUGUGCCGCGGAGAGCGGCAUGAAUGUUGGAAUCCUGGACAUCUUUGGAUUCGAAAACUUCAAGAAGAACUCCUUUGAGCAACUGUGCAUCAACAUCGCAAAUGAGCAGAUCCAGUUUUACUUCAACCAGCACAUAUUUGCCCUUGAACUGAUGGAGUACCAAAGUGAAGGAGUGGAUGCCAGCCUGGUGGAGUAUGAGGACAACAGGCCCAUCCUCGACAUGUUCCUGCAGAAGCCCAUGGGUCUGCUCUCCCUGCUGGACGAGGAGAGCCGCUUCCCCCAGGCCACGGAGCAGACCUUAGUGGAUAAAUUCGAGGACAAUUUGCGCUACAAGUACUUCUGGAGACCGAAACGCGUGGAGCUUUGCUUUGGAAUUCAGCAUUAUGCAGGAAAGGUGUUGUACGACGUGAAUGGGUUUUUGGAGAAGAACCGGGACACCCUUCCCGCAGACAUCGUCGUGGUGCUGAGGACAUCAGAGAACAAACUUCUGCAGCAACUGUUCUCCAGCCCGUUAACAAAAACAGGUAAUCUGGCGACGUCCAGGGCACGAAUCACCGCAGCCUCCAGAUCCCUUCCACCGCAGCUCAGCUCGGGACGCAACAAGGUGGACACCAUGGAGAUGAUGCGCCAUCCGGAUGAAACCACCAACAUGAGGAGACAGACCGUGGCCUCCUACUUCCGCUACUCCCUGAUGGACCUGCUUUCCAAGAUGGUGGUCGGCCAGCCCCACUUUGUGCGCUGCAUCAAGCCCAACGACGACCGGCAGGCGCUGCGCUUCCGCAAGGAGACGGUGCUGGUGCAGCUACGCUACACCGGCAUCCUGGAGACCGUGAAUAUCCGCCGGCAAGGCUACUCCCACCGUAUCCCUUUUGAGGAUUUUGUCAACAGAUAUUACUACCUUGCCUUCCGGGCUCACCAGAUGCCGGAGACCAGCAAAGAGAAUGCUGCUGCCAUACUGGAGCGGGCCAAUCUCGACAAAUGGGUCCUAGGGAGGACUAAGGUGUUUCUCAAGUACUACCACGUGGAGCAGCUGAACCUGCUGCUGAGGGAGGUGAUUGCACGGGUGGUGGUGAUGCAAGCCUACACCAAGGGCUGGCUAGGGGCCAGACGCUACCGCAAGGAGAAGGAGAAGAGGAAACACGGAGCCAUCAUCAUCCAGUCAGUCUGGAGGGGCCACGUUGCUCGUCAAAACCUCAAGCAAAUCAAAAGGGAGAGGGACGAGGCCGCAAUCUGCAUACAGUCAGCCUACAGGGGCCAUCGGGUGCGUCGAGAUCGUGGACUCCAAAGGCUCGGUCCUCACCCCGAGGCUGCCGGAAAGACCACCGAGGAGGAGCAUGCUGGGUCUGACGGUGCAGGGAGCCAAUCGCCGCAAAUGGAUCACAGAUGCAAGCUCGGCCCUGACAGCCCAGACAGACGAGUGAAAGACGUCAGGCGAGACAAAGGCAGGGCGGAAGGCGGCGUAGCGAAGCCUUACUGGGAGACAGCUCGACUCAGAGACGCGCAGUGUAAACAAGGUCCAGCGGUGAAGCUCGAGAAGAGAACCCCUCGCCGGCGGGGCCAGCAGCCCAAGCUGCUCAACAGCCCCGAAGACAGCCUUUACUACAACCAGCUAUAUAGAACUCUGGAUUAUCAGGGGAGCAAGAGGAAGCCGAGAAAACUUGGUCAAAUCAAAGUGUUGGACGGAGAAGAUGAGUACUACAAAUUACUGUCAAUGGUGGAGUCGAUCCCCGAGGAAGACUAUGCGCCUGGGCCCCCCCCCACCCUGUCUAGAGGGCCUCUCGUCAGUCAGAGCUGA